GCCUCAAACUGCGAGGACCCACCAUUGGAUUUAUGCAUUGUUCUCGACAAGACGAAAAGCGUGGGGAAGGCCAAUUACAAAAAGAUGCUGGAAUCGGUCCGUACACUCAUAUCCAAGUACAACGUUGGCCCUACUAAAACACGCAUUUCAGUUGUCACAUAUGAUAAGAAAGCCCAGGUUCGGGUCAGCUUUAAAGAAUUGGAGAAACAAAACAAGGAUGCUUUAAACAGCCUUUUGGACUCGAUGAAGGCUCGAGACAAGCUAGGCGGGGUAACGCGCACUGAUCUGGCACUUGAGACAGUUGGUAACGAAGUGUUUACUACUGCAAAUGGAGACAGACCGAAUUCUCCCAAUGUAAUGAUUGUGUUUACCGACGGUGCAACGCAUAAAAAGUCCAAGCCUUACAGCGAAGUUCUUCCUCCCCUUGUGGUGAGUAUAAUUUGCACUAUAAUUUUACACUAUCAUCGAGGCCGCCUUGUUUGUUUUCCAGCGGGAGACUCCCCCUAGAAUAGGGAGCUUAAGCAACGGCGACGGCAACGAGAACGGCAAUAAACCAAUAGGUUUAAAUUGGCCAAUUAGAGUGGUUUUCGUUUGAGUGUCGUAAAACCAAAACCAAAGUAAUUACUCUGGCCAAUCACAUAGGACACAGACAAUACAUUGAACCAAUCAAAACUCGAAGUAAUUACAUGUGGCUGACGCAAUCGUCACAAUUGGCUUUGGUUUUACUUCUGAUUGGAUGAAAAGGUGGCGCGAAUCUUUUAAGCCAAUCGCAUCGUGUAGAAAGUGCAAAACCAAUUACUUUUCGACACUCAAAUGAAAACCGCUCUAACAACUUUGUACGUACAUUACGCUUUUUGUACAUUUCUUUGCCUUCGUCGCACGACUUGAAAAUGCCUAAUUUCACAUGGCCUUAUUUCAAUGGCCUAUACGGGGAGGCUCAACCCGAAAGGGGUACUUCCUUCUUCAGGCUCAUAUAUCUGAAAGGGUAAGGAUAUCACUAGUUGAAGAACAAAUCUGUCAUUCCGUCUACAAAAAGACCUAAAAGGGCUAAUAGAAGAAUUUAUGGUUGUAAAAAAAGUCGAGAAAAAUUUCUGGUUUUGUGAUUUUUUCAUAGUUUAAAGACAAAGCAUUUACAGCUGUUAAAAGGGAUCGAUACAACGUUCUAAACUAGGUAUAUGCCGAUGGAAGGUAUACGAAAGGGGUGCCUCAAAAAUGGUAUAUAAAAGGGUAAGGACUUGGACCUCGGGACGGUGUCUCCCAUGUAAAACCCCGUAUGCUUCAGCCUGUUUUGGUGCCUUUUGUUCGAGUUUCUUUAAAAGCGAUAAUUAGUGAGCUUACGCAACAGGAAGGGAGAGGAAAAAAGACGACAAACCCUGUGUUACAUGCGUGACGAUAAUUUUGUUUGAAAACACUUUCCUGCAAACUUCACCCUCCUUUAAACAGAUCUUUUUGUAAAAGACCAGAAAACAUCAAUGUAAGUUACGAUCACGACAAAACACGAAAGUAAUAGCCAAAUCACGUUUGUCACGCACAAGCGUUUUGCCGUCCUCUCCUUCCAACCGUCCUGUUGCGUAAACUCACUAUUGGAGGGUACAAGACGACUUUCGGACGGAGGAACUGUUAUGUGUGAGACUGAGGCCCCCGACUGAGGACCUUAGAGGCCCUAUCAAUAACCUCUAUUUUCCCGUUGAUAUUCAGGCUGAAGGUGUCCAACGAAUUGCUGUUGGAAUCGGGAAAAAGAUUAAUUCAGACGAGCUUGAGACUAUUGCAGGGAGCCCUGAUCGCGUGGUAAAUGCAGAAAGUUUUGAUAAGCUGGACAAAGAGCUGGACGAAAUACGUGAAGUUUCUUGCCGUAAGUUUUUAACUUGUCAAAGGGAUAGUCGUUUAUCACCUGUGAGGGAAGGGGGGCGGCCGGCCAUUUUACUGAGGAUUCAUUUUAAAAAUCUUGUUUGGUUUUGGGUGGUAGUUUUCAGACAACUGAGCGUUACCUGAGGGGUACUUUGAUAAAUUUCAUCAAAGUAGCAAAAGCAAUAACAAGCGUUAAUUGAAAUUGAAUGUAACAGCAAUCCGAGACUGUCUCGACGCCUGUUUGUGUUGCUUGUCUCGCGACUUCGUUGCUCUCUUCGCGUACGUUCCUCGCACUCUCACGAUUUACUUUUGGCAGGUGUACCAUCCGAUAAUUAACACCGAUUUUAUAAAUAUCACUUUUGAGAAAGUAUUUGUAAACUUCAGUACGAUAUGUGUCGGUUCGGAGGUUCUCUUUCACAAUAUGUAAAAUUUAUGAGACCAUUUCUAAAAGCAUGGAUGUAAGACUCUCCGCCAAAAGUACUCGCAAACUCGGAUGACACGUUGGAAGUUAUACGGACUAGUAGUCUUGAAGUUAUUCUUAAAUUUGUGUUUGUAACAGGUGUCGAUGGGGGAUAUUCCAAGUGGAGUAGUUGGUCGAGUUGUUCAGUUUCUUGUGGGGGUGGAGUUAGUUGGAGACAGAGAAAGUGUGUCAACCCACGACCACGUGGGGAUGGAAAAACGUGCAAGGAACAAAACCUUGGACCUAACAAGAAGUCAAAAUUGUGCAACACUCAUAAAUGCGGUAUCGUAGAACUCUAUGUUGUAUAAAAAUAUCUCUUAAGCUUAAAGUAUGAGUCCGAAUAAUUUUUAACUUAAAAUCCAGAUAAAAUUGAAACUAUAAAUGAAAAGCCUUCGACCUCAACAGAAGUCUUGUUCACUUCUGCGCCGGCAGGUGUCGUGUCUAGCCCAUUACGUGCUAAGAUUACGUCAUUGUUCAGAGGCCUUGCCAGCCCGGCCCCAUCCCGAUUCUGCGUUUUAAGAAGACGAAACUACGCCGGGGCAGAAGUAAAGAAGACUAGCCUCAGCUGAGCUUUUAUUAGUUUUUAAUUUUAUCUAAAUUUUAAGUUUAAAUUUUUUCUCAAGCUCAUAGUUUAAAUUUACUGGAUAGAUGAAUCCACACAAGUCUCUUAAGAUUUCCUUUUUCCGAUUCUGUAUACAGCGAACAUGUAGGUUGGUUUUGUAAAUGGAAAAUUAGAAUUUCCCUCUUACUUAGGUGAAGAUGGCAACUGGUCUCCAUGGAGUAAUCCUGGACGCUGUGAUAAGACUUGUGGAGGCGGUGUGCGAGUAAGAAAAAGGACCUGUACAAAUCCACCACCUUCUGGUGAAGGCAAGAAAUGUAAAGGACCAACAACAAAAACGGAGAGCUGUAACACACAGAAAUGUAAGAAAAACACGGCUUUAUUAUUUCGUGUUUACCUCGUAAAGUUUUCACCAUUUUAGAAUUGGCUAAUAGCGCCCUCGUUUUAAGAUUGAGAGCUGUAACUUUACGUUGAUCUUUACAUUAGUGAAGCGCACACGUAUUUACAAACUUGAUGGACUCGCCGCUAGUAAUGUCGAUAAAGGUGGAUUUCCACUGUCGCACAAUUUUCUCGCGUGCAAAUAAAAUAGAGGCAAUGUAUGGUGCGACACCAGAAACUCUCCCGACACUUAAUACAUUUAGCUCUAUUUUAUUUACGCGCGUUAAAUUUUCUUACAUACACACUUAAGAUUACGCGACAGUGGAAUUCCACCUUAAGGUAGGGAUUUUCUGUUUGCACAACUGAUUUGUUUUAUUUUAUUGCUGCAAUUGCAACUUUAGUUUUUGUCCAUAUCUUGCGACAGUGCUACUUCAAGUUGGUUGAUAUUUUUAAGGAUUUAUGUGAUCAAGUGAUUUUGACGUUAUAGUCAAUAGGAUUAUAAACAAUUAGGGUCAGCCUAGGAGACAACUUCGCACUCCACGGACGGUCGCUCGCUCGCUCGCUCGCUCGCUUGGUGUUAACUCAAUCAUUGUUUCUUUUUAGGUCCUCCUCCUCCACCCCCUCCCUGCAAGGAAUAUUUGGAUGUCGGAGUGAUUAUAGACUCGUCAAACAGUAUCAAACCAAAUGAUUAUGCAGAGGCUCGCAGUUUCCUACAAAGCCUUGCUCGUAGACUGCAAAUAUCAGAGGCUGGUUCACAUAUGGCGCUGAUUCUGUACAGCUGGGAGGCGCAUACCUAUCACAGGCUAGUAGUCUUUUCCAUGCUAUACCCUUUUGAUGUAACUAUGUACUGCUACCUAAUUCUGUUAAGGAAAAUAGGCUAUUCAAGGAAGCGCAACGAACUUACCUGGAACCGUUCAAACAUUAAUCAUCUAAUCAAAAGUCAUGCUCUCAACAAAAGAGUCAGACUUUAGUAGUUCGUUGGCCACAAUAUAAUUUUAUGCGCUCUACUGGUAAUGGAUACCUACACCAAUAAUAUGGAUUGAAACAUCCCGAAAUUUACUUUCUUUUAUAAUUUCUAGGUUUGCUGACCCUCAAAAUAUCAACGAACUGGUGCAAAAGAUUGGCAAACUACCACAUAUUCAAGGUGGAACACGAACUGACAGGGCCCUGGAACUAGCAGCAGAAGAUUUCUUUGGUUGGCAGGAGACUGGGGACAGACCGGAUGUCCCGAACGUGUUGCUUGUGCUGACUGAUGGGGACACAAAUAAGGGCAGCAAACCAUUUUCUCAAGUUCUACCUCCAUUAGAGGUUUUCAUUCGUAUUCUCUAUUCCUCUUGUUCUUAGGAUCGUAACUAAGUCUUUGUUCCGCAAAAAGCUACUUUUAAGACAUUUAUUGCAUUGCGUUGCAAGCAUUCCUAUCAGUGGAAAUGAAGGGUUUGCCGGAUUCCUUCUUUUGGUGCUUGAAACUUGACGCAGGAGUAAAAAGAAAACACGUUCAUGUCGCCUUUUGUCGCCAAAAAAGGACAAAUGCUUCUCGGCCUCAUUAGCGGACUAUUACUUUAUAGGCUGUCUUGUGAGAAAGCAAAAACAAGCAUUAGAGCGAUUUUCAUAUGACCUUGAAAAACGGUUUCGGUAAGCUUUCGUCAUUUGUUUUAUCAGCCAAUGGAUAAAAAGAUCAAAACAUGGAUUCUUCGUUUUCCCACCAAAGAAAAUGCUAAUAUAGAGAAGGCAUUGUUCGAUCGGCCAAUCGUGUUGCAGUAUGACGUCAAAGCUAAGUAUCAGUUGAUUUCUAGAAAGUUCUCGGGGUUGACCUUCGUCACCCCGAGCGUUCGCUUGUUCGCGCGUUUUCAUUUCAAGGUCAUACGAAAAUCGCUCUAUCUUUGUUAAUCGUUCUAGCUCCAAUAGGGACUCAUUGGGAAGACAAAUAAACAGCUAAGAUAAAUCCUGAUAUAUAUGGAUAUACAUAUAUAUAAAUUGUCAUUAUCUCUUCAUACUACAAAAAAAUACUUGUAAGUACCGUCUUAAAAACUCCCUAAAAUAUUCAUCUCUGCAUGAUCCAUUCGCUCACACUCACCCUCCCACUCAUUCAUAUCCUUGCAAUUAACCAUCUUGUCAGCCAUUCGAACUUGCAGUUAAAACUUUUAUCUCAAUCAUUUGUAAAAAACUAACUGAAACUUCUUUUCAUUGGAAUGAAGGCUGCAGGAGUAAGGCGAAUAGCCAUUGGCAUUGGAAAUGAGAUCGAUAAAGGUGAACUUGUACAAAUUGCUGGUAACCAACAGGAUGCCAUUCAAGUAAAGUCGUACGGUGAAUUAAUCAGGAAACUGGAAUAUAUCAUGAACUGGCAUGUGAGAAUCAAUUUUUAGGUAAAUAAAAUAUUACUCUGAGAGAGCGCUUACACAGUUUAUGUAAUACGGCUAAAUGUAAGGAGUUAGUUAUUAGAAAGAAAUGUAACAGUUGUAACAAGAUGCCCAAAAAUGUUCAAUAUUAAGCAAUAUGAUGGUGGAACUCUACUAGGUGUAACGUUCUAAUCCAACUGUAAAUUUUCCGAACAUUUUAAGGCCAAAUUAUGCGAGGCUAUAACAAAUGCUUGUUUGUAAGAAGGGGAUUAAGAAAAGAGAGCUAUUGGCAGAAAGAUGUUGACCUUCUAUUUAAAUCAAUUGUACACCAUCGCUAAGAGCCCUACACUGGUUACCCGUAGCAAAUCGCAUAGUUUUUAAAAUUUGAUUGUUGACUUUUAAGGCCAUUCAUCAACUCGCUCCGACUUAUGUUUCCGAAAUUGUAUCUAUGAAAGACACUAAGGGUAGAUACUAUCUAAGAACAAAUGAGGCCAAACUUAAGAGCAUUCCAUCAUGCAAGUCUCUUUCCACGCUGGGUGAUCGAUCCUUUUAUAUGGCUGCCCAUAUAAAAAGAUCUUCAAAUCAUGAAACGAUCUUCCCCUUUUUAUUAUAAAUAUACCUUCAGUUAAUGCUUUUAAAAAGGCUCUUGAAUAAACUAUCAUUUACUCAACAUCAUUGAGAGAGCGAGAGCAAGGGUGACUCAGUAGUAAAAGCACCCAGUGUGCACUCGCCUCCCACCAAUGUGGCCUGGGUGCAAAUCUAGGAUUGGCUUCAGUUUGCUGUUGGCUAGUCUCCUUUGUUCCAAGAGGUUUUUCUUCGCUUUUUUAUUUCCUCUCCUCAAAAGCCAACAUUCCAAAUCCCAAUACGACCAGGAAUGGUAGACAAUGAACUACUAUGAUGAUGCGUUACCUCUCUUUAAAUCGCUAAUUAAUUAUCUAAUUUUUUGAAUUAUGCAAAAUCCCAGAGAAAAAAGAAAUUUUUAUCAGUUAACUGUUGUUAUUCCAUGGUUAAUUUUACUUUAAUUUACCUUUGACAAAACCUGUUUUUUCCUUAGGAUCCUGUGGUGGCUGGGAUUCCUGGGGAACUUGCAGUAAGACCUGUGGAUCUGGAUUCAAGGUUCGCAAAAGGCAGUGUCCAAGGAACAGUCUACAUUUAAAAGAGCAAAAAUCCAGCCGCAAUACUAAUCUGUGCCCAGGAGAAGGUAAAAGAUAAAGACUUUUUAGGAGCUAUUAAUUUAUUUACCAGCUGUGCUUCAAACUUGCAUAUGCGAAACUAGAGUGCUCUGAGGCUUCUUUUUCUACUGAGGUAGGGAAUAAAAGGUCGUAGGAUUUCGAAGUUAUUUAAUACAAUUUUUUUUCAAAAUGUGGUUUUAAGUAUGUGCCGAUAUCUCAGUCGUCUUUAUACCCACCAAAAAGUAAAUAACUUUUUCUUGAAAUUCCACCAUUCAUCCUUAAGGCUGCCAAGAAUCAUAGAAGUCAUUUAAAUAUUUCCAGUUGAAAAUCGCGAAUCAAAAAUAUAAAAAUACUCUUAUAAAUAGGUUCGGCCCACCUGGCCUUAAGAUUUUUGCUUGUUAUAGGUUACUAAAGAUUACUAUCGAUUACUACCAUUUGUUAUCGAUUUUCUCAAUCAUUCACAAUCGACAAUUUUUUCUAUGACUUCGAUUGUCAUCGAUUUUCCUUAGCAAUCGAUAACAAUCGGCGGAUGAUAUCGACUAAUUUCCGAUAUCGAUUUCUACGCGUAGAAGAGCAUGUGAUGUGACCAAAUAAAAGAAGCGCCUUCUCAAGUUUAUUUUCACAGCGUUUUCAAAAUUUUCUACGGAUACUGACCAUAAAGGCAUGAUUAAUAAGGUUUUAAAUAACAGAUUUUUUUAAUCAAUAUACAGUACCCUGCGAAGACAGUAGGGAAGACUGUCCGUCCCUUGCGGCGGCCGGAAAGUGCUGGAAACAAGCCAUAGGGCAACAGUUCCGUCAAACAUUCACCUUGUGGAAUCAAUGCAAGAAAAGUUGUCGUAGAUGUAACGGUAAGGAAGAAAUGUUCAGAGCGUUAAUUUUUUUGCAAGAACAUCCACAGCAGACUUUGUGUUUGUUCCAUUAGUUCUUUGUGUAAGUUUCUAGAAUUGCUCUUGGCUCUCAGGUUAAUUCAUCUCCAAAAAAUUAUUAGUCUUAACGAAAGCAUAUUAUUAGCAAUUUGAGUUCCCUUUUCUAUUGUGCAAAAAUAAGUAAACAAAUAAAAUAAAUAAAUAAAAAAUUGGAAUGAUUAGAGCCCAGUAAUGAGGAAUUUAGCCGACUUUUCUUUCUUUUUUUUCUGCAAUGAGAUUUCUUUUCUAACUUUCUUCUUUUUUGUUAGUGGAUACUCAGUGCCAGGAUAAUGAUCCAUAUUUGUGUCCGUGGCUGGCUGCUAAAAACAAGCUGUCGUGUCUAAUAAAACUAAAAUGUAAGUACUGAACUGAGUAGCAACUUUCCCGAGGGAUGGGGGUAAGGGUGGAGAGGAUAAUUAUUAUUGUGCCAAUUACAACAAGACCCACACCACGUUCGCCAACAUUUGUUAUCCUUCAUUCUAGCCUAGACAUCCAAAUAUCCCCUCCCUUCCAAAUUACAAUUCCCCUAAGGGUCUCAAAAUAAACUUAAAUGAGAAGCAGAUUAUAUAGCCUGUAUUGCUUGGAGAGGAGAACUUCAAAGCGUUUUAUAGUAAUUAUACAUGUAAACUAUACGACAUUGUAAUCAAACAUUUGAAAUUAAAGUGGCAGAAGACAAAACAGUUAGCGAUAAACAAACUGCUAGUGAAAGAUCCCGGACCUCAGGAUUAUAAUUUAAGCGCUUUUUACCCAGCCGCGUUACUUCUAAAUUCGUUAGGAAAUUUAUCAGAUUCUUUGUAAACGACAUUGGCAAAGAGCUCAGUGCUCUUCCGUCCGUGUUUGAAAACUAUCGUCGCUCCAUUUAUGCGGCGACUCGACUGAGGGCCCCGGGGUCUCCGAGGAUUGGGUAUCAUAUACCAAAUUUUGUGCACCUAAACCUUCUAGAUGUAAAGGACGGACCAUUAGAAAAGUUAUAAAACUGGAUUAGAAGACGAGGAGCAUUUUUUGAUGAAUUGCAUAGCCUAUAGGGAUGAAUUGCAUAGCCUAUAGGGAUCCUAGGAGAGAGUUGUUCAAUACGCUAAAAAAGGAAACUAAUCUUAUUCUUGACUCUAUGACUCCAAGCUCUGCCUUCACAACGUUGAUAAGUAUGAAGCAAGGAGUAUAGUUGUAUAAAUUUUACGAAUGUACACCUCUGUAAUUAUUGCACUAAAAUCUUUGUUAUCGUUGUAAACACAUGUGUCUGUAGGCGCUCUGUUGAUAAUAAAGCACUUAUCCUAUCCUAUCCUAUCCUAAGGGGUGGAGGGGGGGGGGGGAAUUUUCGAGCCGCAGGAAUUUUUUUUUGUCAUCAAAUUCCUUGUAUGAUUUUUUUAAGCCACAGCAUGAAUAUGUUUUUAGGAUUAAUUGGCGUGAAUGAAUUUUUUUUUUCAUUUAAUUUUCCCUUGCGCGAAUAUUUUUUUGUACUUCGCCCGACCCCCCCCCCAUAAGUUUUCUAAUGGUCCGUCCCUAAAAUGCCAAAAAAAAUACUAUAGCAGGAAAUAUCCAAAUCUUAUAUAUCAGAUCCCUCCACCACCACGCGCUAACUGGUUGAUGAUUCGUACUAAUUAUACUAACAAGAGACAAUAAGGGGACAGAGAGGAAAACGCCCAGUCUAGCCCUUAGGAUAUGCAAAUUUCACUAAAGUUAUUUUAAGGCCAAUUAAACGCUUAACAUUAAUCAGAAGUUGGUUUCCGCAGUGGUCUGCAUACUUUUAUUCAUGGCCGUCAAGAGAAAAUAACGAGUCAUUAUGCUCUCUCGGUGUGUCGUCAUUACAAUAUUCUGCAUAACUUGGUAACGUUUCUAACAGUCAAUUAAAAUGUGCGGACGUCCCAGGAAUUAGACUUCCGUUUAAGUAAAACCUCUAAAAAUAACUUACGUAAAAUUCACAUAUCCCGGCCGACGCCCUAAGAUUCCCUCUCUGUUGCAUUGUUCUCUCUUGCUAACAUGGACACUUUUUUUUAUUUCUUCCACAGCUGUAUGCAAGCAAAGCUGCAAAACGUGUGGACUUAGCGGAGGUCAUAUCAAUAAAUUUUUAUAUCUCAUUUGUAAAUCAUAUCAAAGCGACGCCAAGUGCACAGUCAUUUUUUUUAUUUCUGCACGAGAACGGAAACAUAUUUGCAUAUGAAAGAAAUAGCACUAGGACUCGCUUUUAGAUUGUGCUAGUAAAAGUAGCAUAUUAUGCCAGUACCACUGCUCUUUUUUUGGCCAAAUUAUGCUAAAAUUAUGCUCAUUUUUCCAAAUUAUGCAUAUGCUACUUUUUUUUUAAAUUGUGCCCGUCAAAAACCAUGGCAAAUAAGUCUAAAAAUACAUUUUCUUUAAUCAGACGCCGUUUAUUCUUGUUAGCUAUAAUAUAUGACGGUCUCUGGCAAUUGUUACUGGUUUUGGCCCGUCAUUUGUCUGAGAGAGCUGUACGUUUUUGCUCGAAUCGGCUGGCAUAGCUGACGCCAUUUUGUAGUCUUGCCUAUGGGGGGUAUUGGGACCGACAUGGUUUGCUAUGAGACUUCCGGUUCCCGUACACCCUAGUCCCAGGCCCCCAUUUCCGGGCUCAGUAAACUACAAAUACCGCUAAAACCUCGAACAACGUCAGCGUAUAAUUGGGAUUUGGGAAUCAAAGUGCCUGUCAAAAACCCAAAAAUGUUCCGAUAGUUAUCAAAAUAUGCGAAUUAUGCUAGCAGUGCUACGUUUUAAAAAAUGGGAAAAAUUAUGCCAGUUUUUUCAAAUUGUGCUAAAAAUUAUGCUAGCACAAUCUAUAAAAGCCUACUCGCUUUAAAAGAGAGGCUCAAUGCCUAUAUGAAGCUUACGCAAGUUGUGGCAAGGUUUUAAAGCUUGAUUCAUCCCUUAGAUAUUUCACUAAGAAGCUCUUAAUUAAAAUGCAGCCUAAUCUACAACGCCUGCUCUAGAUUAGGCUGCAUUGCAAUCUACAAAAAGAAAAAUCUUAAUAUCCUUUUAAUUACAGCUGCGUCCACCUUUCAGAUAUGAGGUCUGCGCUUACCGUUUUUUGUUGUAUUUGAUGAAGCUUUAGUCUACCCGCCCGUUGCUUCAUGAUCAAUUAUCGACUUUAAAUCAGAAUUUGAAGUGCCAGAGGGUACAGAGGUGGCAAUGGACGGGCUAAUGUUAGUUGCGUCUAACAGCUUUUGGUUUUGUCUCAUCCUUAUUUGAGCUCUCAUGCUAACUACAAACCGUCUGCGUGUAACUGCGGUCCCUUACCAUUUUGUUUUCGUUUUUCCAAAAAAAUUUACUACCGGAAUAUAAGCUCGCUCAAUUCUUUUCUCGUCCAAAACGUUUGAAUUUUGACCACGUUUUGACUAAUUAAUUAGGAGCCUAAAAUGUUGUAUUCUUAUACCACCAAAUUGUCCAGGGGCGAAUUUGUUAGACUGGCGCUUAGGCCUCCUUGCUGUUGUAUUAACUAUUGAAUCAUUUUUUUUCAUGUCACUCCUAUUUAUUUAGGUGGUAGUAGCGUAGGCUGGGGUAGCUGGGGUAACAACAAUCAAGGUGGAGGAAACGGUGGAUGGGGAAGACCCAGUACCUGGGGAAGCAGCCAUCACGGUGGAGGGGGAAGACCCGGUAGCUCGGGAAGCAACCAUCACGGUGGAGGACACGGUGGGUGGAGAAGGCCUGGUGGCUGGGGAGUAGGUGGUGGGCGGAGACCCGGCUUUUUUGGACGUUGA